AUGGACGCGCUCCCGGAAGGCGUCGUGCAGCACAUCCUCUCGCACCUCAGCAACGCCCGCGACGUGGCCUCCUGCGCCGCCGUCGCCCGCUGCUGGCGCGACUGCAUGCCCUUCCUCCCGUCGCUCUACUUCCCGCGGGGCGCCUUCGAGACCGUGGGUGGCGGGCCGGCGUCGGCGUCGGCGGUGGCCGCGGCCGACGACGCCAUCGGCCGGAUGGUCGACGCCGCCGCGCACCUCGAGGAGCUCGUCGUGUACUGCCCCUUCUCCGCGUCGCUGCUCCCGCGCUGGCUCGCGGCGCGCGCCGCCACGCUGCGCGUGCUCGAGCUGCGGGUGGACUCUGCCGCCGCCGACAAGUCGGGCCACCUGGACUCCAUCGGGGUGGCCGCGGGCCUCGAGGAGCUCAGGCUGUGGGGGCUCACGAUGACGCGCGCCCCCGCGUGGGGCCGGAUGGAGCGGCUCCGCGUGCUGGAGGUCGUCGGCGCCGUGCUCGAAGACGCCGCGGUCAACGGCGCCGUCGCCGCCUGCCCCAACCUCACAGACCUCGCGCUGCUCGGAUGCGAGUGCGCCGGAGAGGCGGUCAUCUCGCUCGCCCUGCUCGAGCGGUGCCGGCUCGACUUCGUCGGCUCUGGUAACUGCUCUCUCAGGUUCGCCGCGCCCCGCGUCGAGUCCCUUGAGAUCCAGGGCUUCUCCUUAAUCUCUCUGCAAGGUGGCCACCGUCUCAAACAUCUCACAAUCUCCAAGAACACUGGUACUGUGUAUCAUGUUGAGAUGGGGAAGCUCCCGGAGUUGGACCAGCUCUCGCUGCGCGGCGUCCAGUGGAGCUGGGGCGCCAUCAACUCGGUGCUGCAGUGCGCUGGUGAGGUGAAGCACCUGGUGAUGAAGGUUGAGUUCUGUGGUGACUAUGACACGCUGCAGCCAUUCCCGGAGAUCGACCUCGUCGAGUUCUUCAACAGCCACCCGAAGCUUCGCAAGUUCGAGAUCCACGGCGCCAUGUUCGCGGCGCUGUGUCAGAAGAACAGCCUGAAGAAGUUGGAUUCAAGGUUCGUGAUACCUUCCUUGGAGCAGGUCCUGGUCACCGUGCGGUCACCUCUGAAUGCUGAGCAGAAGCUGAACACCCUCGAGUCCAUUGUCAGGUACAGCGUGAGGCUAAGAAGGAUGGUCAUUAGGAUCUCGCAGAUGAAGAAUUGCCAUGAUGCUGCUGAUGAUUUCUUUGAGGAGAUUUGCAAGUUCACUUACAUGAACAGUGGGAGAGUGUGCAUAGAGUAG